AUGCCAUCCUUGACAGAUUCUCUAGCAAAUUUAUCUAUUCAAUCCGAAUCAAUAUCUCAACUCGCUUCUCUAAACUCCAGACCAGCAGGGCCUUACACACAAGCAUAUCUCUACCUCCCCGAUUCCCUCGCAGCGGGACACGGAGUCACCGGACUUAUUCGGGAUGCUCAAGAACCCGAAGUGAGAUUAUUCAAGUUUAUAGGAGAGACAGAUGUGACUGGUGCAGGAGGUGAGAAAAGGGUGGAGAAGAGAGAAGGGAUUGUUACUCCUUUGAAAAGAUUGAAGAGAGAUCAAGGGGAUAGAGGUGAUGUAGAAGUGAUUUUGAGAACGGCUUUGAAAUUGGUGGAUGAUUAUCGUCCUAUGCCAAGAGCCAGAGCACACAUUGCAAACCUUCUCGAAACACAUCAAAAACAACAAGAUCGUAUUCUUCAACUCGAAAGUCAAAUCCAACAUCUCAACAAUCCAUCUAUCAAACCUUCACCACCCCUUAAACCCAAAAUAUCUCUUUCACCUUCCUCAAAGAUCACUCCGUCAAGUCCAAACGUCAAAUUAACACCUGACGAAGCUAUAAAAGCAGAAGAAGAAUCUCUCAAAACUCUCGAAUCAUCCUUACAAAUACUACGUCGUCAAACGAUUCAAAACACUUCUCCUCAUUCUUCUAAAAUCAACACCGUAUCUCCUCAAUCAACAAGAAAACAAAUUUCACCUCGAUCUGAAAAGAAAAGUACGUCUCCACAAAUGUCCAAGAUGAAAUCUAUCUCAACACCGGCCAAAACACCUUUACCGAAUAUUACCAACUCUCUCGUUAAUGGUACAACUCCUCAUAGACAUCUUGGAACUAUCAAUCGGUUUUCUCCUCUGAAACUUUUAGGUACACCAAGGGCAGGAGUGGGACCUAGUGGAUUAGGAGUGAAUGAAGAUAAGAGUAUAUUUGGGAAAAGACUUUCGAGGUCGGUCAUUAAGAUCAGACCUGUUUCACUGGAUUUACCACUACAACCACCGUCUAUCGAUAUACACGAGGAGACGCAGAAUGACGAGGAUGGAGAAGAAGGUGAUGUAACGAUUAGAUUAUCAUCAUCUACGAAUUUGUUGAAGAGUCCUAUUGUCGCUGGAGAUACUACUCCGAAGAAAGAUCAAACGUCUGAUAAAGCACAAGAUGGUUUGUUAGAUGUCAAAGAUGCAACACCGAGGAAGGAAGUGACGCCGACUAAAAAGAUUACACCAAGACGAUCUGACAUUUCGUCCAGUUCAAUCAGAUCACCCAUGGGUACAAGGGUAGAAGGGGUUAAUGUGACUUUGGAAAAUGUGAGAAUAGCCGUGACGAAAAUAUGGGAAACCCUUGCGGAGCUUAUGCGGACUGGUCGAGAUAACCCUUCUCAUACCAUCCCAGAUACAGUAAAGAGACAUGGGACAUGGGACGCUCCCUGA